GUACAUUGGCUAUUACCAAGCUUAGUUAAGUCUGUUUUUACAUUACUUGAUCCCUUUUUGAUCAAUUCUUUUGUCUGAUGUUUUGGAUUUGUUUGCCUGGUUUUCUUACAAUUUUACUUUAACCUGCAGUUGCAUCUGCCUGCAUCUAUACUUGACAACAACCCAAUGUGGAGGAAAAAAAGAUAUAUAAAUAUAUAUAGCUGCAAAUAAGAGGAGGAUCUGGAGCCCAAUAGUAAAAGAGGGAGUGAGAGAAGGCCAUAUAAAAAAAGAGGAGGAGAGGCAAGAUCACAACAACAUAGACACUCUACAGGAAACACGUUCUUUGGUGCAGCCUGUAAGAUAAGCAAGGAGUACACAGCAAGGUAAAAGAAAAAAAAGAAGACUCUUAUGUGAUUGAAAGUGUUUCAGGAUGGCAGGCAAUGGACUAAAAGUGCGUUACUGGCUAACAUUGAUCUCAGGCCUUUUGGAAUGUUUAUGCUUUGCUGGUAUUCUGUUUGGAUGGGCCUCACUGGUGUUUGUGCUCAAGAGCGAUGGCUAUUUCAGCUACCUGUGUGUAAACAGCACAGUCAAUGGCACCGUUACUGAAGAUUGCAGUAAGCAGGAUGAACAGCUCUCACUUAUCUUCACCAUUGCCUCCUUCAUGAAUAAUUUCUUAACUCUGCCCAAUGGGUUUCUGUUCGACCAUUUUGGCACCACAGUGACCAGACUCCUAGGAAUAUCUAUCUACACCACUGGAACUUUACUGAUAGCCUUCUCAAAUGCUGCUUUAUCAAUUCUCCUCUACCCUGCUCUCUCUUUCAUUGCUGUUGGAGGGAUCCUUUUCUUGGUCACUAACAUGCAGGUGGGAAAUCUCUUUGGAGCACGCCGGUCCACUAUCAUCACUCUGUAUAAUGGGGCCUUUGACUCUUCCUCUGCUGUCUUCCUAGUUGUCAAGCUGCUGUAUCAAAAUGGAUUUUCCCUCCGAACCUCGCUCAUCUCCUUGUCCUGUUGCAGUAUUGUUCAUCUGAUUCGCACAUUCCUGCUGAUGCCUCGCAGACACAUCCCCUACCCUCUCCCUGAAAACUACACCUACGGGCUGAAAUGUGGGGAUGCUCAGACGUAUGAGAUUAAUGAGUCAAAUAACGUAAAUGGUAAGAGAAACACCCAGAAAUAUGAGGCCACGGAGACAAGUCCGUUUAAAGAAGACAACUCUUCUAAUACCAACCAUUUGGACACAGCAGAGCGAACCUUCAAAAGUUGCAUCUUCUCUUGGUUGUUCUUAUGGCAUCUCCUGUGGUUGUCAAUCAUGCAGCUUAGACACUACCUGUUCAUUGGGACUCUUAAUCCAAUGCUCAAUCACCUAACAGCUGGUGACCACAGCCUUGUGAGCACGUACACUAAUGCAUUUGCCUUCACUCAGCUAUGUGGGAUACUGUGUGCUCCUUGGAAUGGGCUCAUUAUGGACCGGAAUAAGGGAAAACCCAGGGGAAAAGGCCAGAGUGAAAGUGAGGCAGAUCUAAAGGCAGCUAUAUUAUCUCUGUGUGUGACAGCGAUACAGUGUGUGCUUUUUUCCCUUUGUGCUGCUAUUCCUCUACUACCCCUGCAGUACCUCACCUUUAUACUACAGGUUCUCAAUAGAUCCUUCCUUUAUGGAGGGAAUGCAGCUUUUAUCAGCAUUGCGUUCCCUCCUGCACACUUUGGAAAACUGUAUGGAACAAUAAUGGCUCUCUCAGCGGUGGUGUCACUCCUACAGUAUCCGUGCUUCUCUCUUAUCAACGGACCUCUUAAUGGAGAUCCAUUUGCAGUGAAUGUUGCUCUGACCAUCCUGAGUUGCCUGGCCUUUAUCCAUCCUGUCUAUGUUUACCUGCACUGCCGGCGUCAAGCAGCUGGAUGGGCUACAGCUGAUAAAACUACUACCACUUAAGGAGGACAUAUCUCUAAGGGAAUAAGAUUAAACACCAGUAUUUUGUUCAGGCCAAAUAAAUGCUAUGCUAAUGUAGUGUUCUUAUAGGGAGUAUGGAUUAGAACACAACAUUGUGCUAAUGUAAUGAAGCAGCAACCGCUAUUCUCAAGGGUUUUGUGUCUCUCUCUCUUUUUUUUUUUUUUUUUUUUUUUUUGUGGUCACAGAUGUUCUGUAUUUUAAUGCUUUUUUUAUUAUAGAUAGAUCUCCAUUUGUAUAUAUACUUUGCAGCACUGCAAUAAUUACUUAAACAUACAAUACCUCAUUAUUCAUACAAGCAUAUUUCUAAGGCAGUUUCAUUCUAGGACUUAAAAGGGACCACUGACAAGUUAAGUCCAUCGCAGUUUAGCCUUUGUGUCUUUACAACAUAUAGAGUGCAAAGUAGAGGAACAGUAGUCUAUGAACAACAGCAGCAUACACAAUUAUGUAAGUUUUUCAAUGAAAUUCAUUGUAUGAGGAACUUGCAGUGGUAACUGCAGUAAACUGAAUAUGGAUGGAUGCGUGAUUGUAAUUAUACCGCCCUCUGCAGGACAAAUAUUUACUCUGCUAAUUGCCCUGUGCUGCGCUUUACAUUUGUGUACAAUAUCAUUUAAAAAAUAAAUAUAAAAAAGACUUAA